AAGAAGCAAUAUAAAAUAAAGAAAUUAUUCAAUUAUUCAACCAUGUUUUCUCUUAAAUCGUGUUUAAACUGUUAAAAAAUAUCCUUCAGUUACACCAACCUAUUCUUUCAUAGUGUAAAAGAAAUGCGCAGAAGGUUUAAUAUUUUUCUGUCUAUAAAACUUUUGAACAUCACAGAUAACAUAUAAAAACAUGACUUAUUAUUACUACACAUUUUCUAUUUAAUUUGAUUUGCUCUGUGGCCCUGGGCCCCUGUAGUGGGGCGGCCCUGCUGGUUCAGUGGGAGGAGGAGAGUCACUCAGUUAGCAGGACGGGAGUCCGAGCGGCAGUUUGGGAGAUCCGAGGCGGGGGGAAAAGUGCGUCCAAACCGGGAGAAGUCACACGGAGGUAUCCGCCAUGAGUUGGGGAACGGAGCUCUGGGACCAGUUUGAUAAUCUGGACAGACACACUCAGUGGGGGAUUGACUUUUUUGAGCGCUAUGCAAAGUUUGUUAAGGAGAGGCUGGACGUAGAGCAGAACUAUGCCAAGCAGCUACGGAACCUGGUAAAGAAAUACUGCCCAAAACGUUCAAAAGAUGAAGAGCCAAGGUUCACAUCAUGUGUGUCGUUCUACUCCAUACUGGGCGAGCUGAACGACUACGCCGGUCAGAGGGAGGUGGUGGCGGAGGAGAUGUCUCACAAGGUUUACCACGAGCUAAUGAGGUACAGCCAAGAGCUGAAAGCUGAGAGAAAACACCACCUACAGGAAGGGAGGAAGGCUCAGCAGUGUUUGGAACACUGCUGGAAACAGAUGGACAAUAGUAAAAAGAAGUUUGAGAGAGAGUGUAGGGAAGCGGAGAAAGCCCAGAUGACCUUUGACCGGCUAGAUAGCGACAUCAACGCCACCAAAUCCGAGGUGGAGAAGGCUAAAGCGCAGCUCUACAUGCGGACUCACAUGGCAGAUGAGAGUAAAAACGAAUAUGCUGCCCAGCUCCAGAACUUCAACGCAGAGCAGUGGAAACAUUUCAACAGCGCCAUACCACAAAUCUUUAAGAACCUGCAAGACAUGGACGAGCGGCGAACAGUAAAGCUUGGUGAAACAUACCGAAGCUUCGCGGAGGCGGAGAGGAGAGUCAUUCCCAUCGUCUCCAAAUGUCUAGAUGGAAUGGUUUCUGCUGCCAAGGCUGUAGAUGAGCGCCGGGAUUCUGCUAUCGUUGUGGAGUCAUUUAAAUCUGGCUUUGAACCACCUGGUGACUAUCCGUUUGAGGACUUCAGUCAGAAUCUAAGCAGAACUGGGUCAGACGGGACCAUCAGCAACACCCCAAAAGGCGAAAGAGAAAGAGACCUGGCCCCGAUCCCACGGUCUGAAGCAAAACAAACAAUAGGCAAGAGCAAGAAUAAACUCUGGCUGUUUGGAAAGAAACCAAAGGUACCGUCUCUGGAGGAUUUCAGCCACCUACCUCCUGAGCAGAGGAGGAAGAGGCUGCAGCAGAAGAUUGAUGAACUCAACAGGGAGCUUCAGAAGGAAACGGACCAGAGGGACGCGUUAAAUAAGAUGAAGGAUGUGUAUGAGAAGAACCCUCAGAUGGGCGACCCCAACAGCCUGCAGCCAAAACUCUCAGAGACCAAUUGUAACAUCCAGAAGCUGCGCUCAGAAAUCCACAAAAAUGAGAGUUGGCUGUCUGAGGUGGAGGGCAAGCAGAGCUCCAGAGGAGACAGACGACACAGUGCAGACAACCACCAUCACACUCCUCAUGGCAGGGAGAGCCCUGAGGGCAGCUACACGGAUGACACCAGCCAGGAGCACCACACGCCUCACCGCCGCCCUGCGCAGCCGGCUCAACCGAUCCAUGACCCUCAUGAGUUUGAUGAUGAAUUUGACGAUGACGACCCGUUACCCGUCGUAGGGCACUGCAAAGCGCUCUACUCUUUCGACGGUCAGAAUGAGGGGACGCUAAGCAUGGCAGAGGAUGAGGUCUUGUACAUCAUUGAAGAGGAUAAAGGGGAUGGCUGGACACGGGCGAGGAAACAGAGCGGGAAGGAAGGCUACGUUCCCACCUCCUACGUAGAAAUCACGAUUGAGAAAAACAGCAAAGGUUCCUGAGGGCUGCAGAGUGGCCGGGCGAUUUGAUUGGCUGGUGGAGGGCUCAUGCUGAUUGCUGAUAAUGAUUGGUGGUGGUGGGGGUGACUGAGACAGAGAGAGGAGAGGGUGGAGGGAGGUAGAGAGAUGAAGUGAGGGAGGUCCGCAUGUUUCUGUGCUCACCUUUCCAUAAUCAACAAAGAGUUUUCAAUUAACGGCAUCUUCAUUUUUGUUAAGUUGCAUCUUGAUUCGCACUCACAGUUCAUCCAAGUUCAAAGCAACAGAAGCUGGAGAGACCUUCAGAUUGGGUGGUGACAGCUGCAGCCGCCUCAGUUACACGUAUAGCAGAGAGCAGUCAAAGAAAUGAAACUACACCUGAGCAGCAGUUUGUUUACCCGCCUGCAUUUUAGAGCUGCACAGCAUAUCAAACCGCAGUUAUAUCACAAUCACAAAGGACUGCUUGGAUGCAAUUAGUGACCAAAGUCAGACAGCGCAUUGAGAGGGGUGGGAACACUGUGACGAUGACACUUCAAUCAGUAUCAUCAUCAAUAAUAUUGCAACAUAAUUCUUACCUCAUGCAGCCCUGUUAUCUUUUCUAUAUUUACCAUAAACAGUUUUAUUUGGGUUUUAUUUUCAAGACUGCCGUAUUAGUUCCCUUUUGCAGCGAUCUGGUGCAUCAUGAACAUGUGGAGCAACAGUAAACAGUCUCAUGUUUUCGGUGCAUAAGUCUGAGCUCUGUCUCACCCUUUUCUGAGAACUAGAGAGCGAGCCAACUGAUGGCUUUAUAUUAAUGUUACUAUAAUAUUUGAAACCAACAACGCCUAAAAACAAAUUUGCAUAUAGAAAACAGUACACAUUAUCUCAGUUUCAACUGAAACAGGAUUUUUACCUAAAACAAAUUCAUCUACCCUCUAUUUGAGCAAAAACAUUACCUGACACUACAUUGUAACUGUGUGCAAAUAUUGCUUUGAUUAUGACCAUUAUCUCCUCCAUCUUGGUAAAAUGCUUAAUAAUGGUGGCCCCACAUGUUUCCUGAUUGGUCACAUGUAGUGUAGGCCAAUCAACAAAGAACAUGCAGGUUAAAGCUGACUGCAGUCGCUCUGGAUGACAUUGAUGUCACGGAUUAAAUGCUGCACACAAACCUGUUGACAUGUUUUAGUUUGAUGACAAACUUAAAAAGAAGAUUUUAAAAGUAAAAGCUGAUAAAUUGGGUCUGCAGUGGUUUAAAGGCUCAUCACCCAGACCACAGUACCACCCAUUAUUUAGACCUGUCUGCAUGUUCUUACACAAUCAUCUAGAUUGAACUACACGGCUCCAAUAAAAGGUUUGCGCUACCUAAGCUUUUAUCUUAAAACUCUAAUCCUGCCACUUGAGUUGCUCCUUCCGUGGUUCGUGUUAAUCUCCGACUCGGUCUGUGUAGGUUUGACACUGAGAUAAACGUUGUUGAAGCACAAGCUGCAAGCUGUUACUACCCCGUCUUUAAAGACUGUAAAGUAUCGUCUGCACAUUUCUGACCAAAAUUUCCUCUUUCAUACAUUUUUCCUUCAACAGAUUUGCUCUAACUGAAAAAAAAAUAACUCUUAAAAGGAGUCUCCUCUGUUGCUGCAGGACAAAAUGGUUUAACGGAGAAGCAUUUUAAAUUUGUGACCAUUCAUGCUCCCGUGUGUUAUUCAUAGCAGCACCGUAAGCUUUCUGCAGGGUUUAACCAAUCAUCAUGGUCUAUUACCUGCCAGCGUCAGGCGUUUCCAGUGUUUGCUGCCACUAACACCAUCAGUGCUGCUGUGCUCCAUCUCACUGCUGUAAUCAUCUGUGCUCUGUUGGUGAUGUCUGCCUGCCUGAGCCACUCUGCUCCUCAUGCCUGCCUUCAUCCUCACCAAAUCGCAUGUUUGUGGCGUCGUUUCAUCUACCUGAAUGUGACCCCAGCAGUAUACUUUGUUAAAUGCCACAUUGUCGUGUUCUAAUGAAGCAUGAUUUAUUUAUGUUUGUAACUUCUCUCAGAGGUCAUUAGACACACAGCAGGACUCUCAGGUAAAUACACAACCCCUCCUCCUCCUGUUCCUCUCUUUCAUUUCUCUGCCUUUCCCUCUGCGGAUGUUAUACCUUCAGUCGACCAGCAGAUGGCAGUCUUCCUUCACCGAACCGCCACUCAGCUCCAGUUGGACUGGGCUUCUUUUAAAAACCCAGAACCACAAACAGGAGCUCAGGACUCUGCCUUAAACCUUCAUGUUGUUUCCUUUUUACGGUUGGGGGAUUUUCACAUAUCUUGCCUUUAUGUCUGACUACAUCUCCCAUCAGCCACCUGGGUCCACCCUUCGCCUCUCGGACUCGAAGGAAGUUUGUUUCACGUAAUCAGCUGUGUUUGUGAAUGUGACGACACGCGUGUAACAGCAGCUGUAUGGAAAGCUAAGUAGGCCAAAAAAUGUCUGUCAUCCUUGGCCUAAUGUCAAAGUGCGCACUCGUGAUUGUGUUACAUGCGUCAUGUUAAUUUCUAUCCAUUGAAUGAUAUGUACAUAUAAACAUCUGUGUCAUGCUGAAUGUGUUUCCAUGGUGAUUGUUUUCAUCUGAGUUUUUAUUUGAUUGGCCUUCUCCUGAGAGACAACAUGGUUUGAAUUGAAGAGAUGCACUUUGCCCUGAAAAAGCGUUUGAACCUGAUUUAUAUGGAAGCAUGAAUGAAGGAAUGAUGUGAAUUUUUCUGAAUGACCACUAAACAAAAAGUUAAAUUUGUUUUGUACUCUUUUUGUAAUUCAAAAACAAUUCCUGUAUUUUUUGCAUGAUUUCUUCUAGAUUUUGAAUUCAUUUAUCUCUCUGGUGAUUGUUUUAAGAUGGUCUGUCUGAGACACUAAUGAACACUAAACCUUCAGACUUUUGACGAAUAAUCGCUGACCAUCAGCCGGCCGUGCUUAUGGUCCUGUUUCUGUGAUGAAGCUGUGAAAUGUGCCGUAUGAUGCUGUAGAUCUUGUUACCUGAACUUCCUCCUCCCUGUCAAGCCACAGCCUUCGUAUGUCUGAUCAUUUUGCACCUGUGAGAAAUUCAAGACUUGAAUAUGUUAAUCCUCUUCCUGUAAUAAAUUUGCUUCUCUGUUGCCUUCA